AUGGGGAUUCAAGGGCUCUUGCCGCUCUUAAAGGAGAUCAGCGUUCAUGGGAACAUCAAGGAUUUCGCGGGGAAGCGACUUGCUGUCGAUGCGUAUGUUUGGCUUCAUAAAGGCGCGUUCGGGUGUGCCGAGGAUCUUGUGAAGGGGAAACGGACCACCAAAUUCGUCGACUACGCGAUGUAUAGAGUCCGCCUGCUCAAACAUCACGGUAUCACCCCCUUCAUCGUAUUCGACGGCGGACCUUUGCCGGCCAAGAAGGGCACGGAGGUGUCGCGCGCCAAAUCUCGGGCGGAGAAUUCAGCACGCGCGACAUCGCUCGAGAGCCAAGGGAGGCAGAAGGAGGCGAGGGACCAUUAUACGAAAUGCGUGGACAUCACGCCCGAGAUGGCGUAUCAGCUCAUCAAGGCUCUCAGGGCCGAAAAUGUCGAAUACGUUGUCGCGCCAUAUGAAGCCGACGCGCAGCUAUACUAUCUCGAGCGCGAAGGCUACGUCGAUGGGAUCAUCACGGAGGAUUCAGAUCUUCUCGUCUUUGGCUGCAAGCAGGUGAUCUUCAAGUUGGAUGGCGAUGGGAACUGCGUCCAUAUUCAUCGGGACAAGCUCGCUACGAUCAGCCAGUUCCCUAUGGACGGGUGGACCAAUACUCAGUUCAGACGUAUGGCAAUGCUAUCCGGAUGCGACUACCUUCCCUCUAUCCCCGGAAUUGGCCUCAAGAAGGCACAUGGUGCUCUGCGGCGGUAUAAGACUGUUGAGAAGGUCCUGAUGCAACUCCGACUCGAAGGUGCUCAUAAAGUUCCCGACAACUACAUCCAGGCGUUCAACCAGGCCGAGCUGGCGUUCAUGCACCAACGAGUAUACUGUCCGAGAGAGAAGAGGUUGAGACCCAUCAAUGACUUCCCCGAGGCGGGGCUGGGGGAGGAGGAUGAGCGGUGGAUCGGACUGUGA